AUGUUCAACAGCCAACCACAGUUUACCAUAAAAGCAGUGAGACGCAAAGCAUUUGACAAUUUCUGUCUUGUCGAAACGUUCAAGAUAAAAAGUGGAAACAUAGCAGAUUGUCUGGAGCACUGUUUGGAGAACUGUCGGUGUCAGUCGUUUCAAAUUUGUGGAAACACAAAAUGUCAGCUGUGUUCAAGUCACAAGAAAGAGAACAGUUCAUUGCUUGAUGACAAAGAUGGCUGCAUCUAUGCUACGUACGAGAUGCGAGAUUUGACAGAAACGUUUCAGGUAAUGCCUCUGAGGUAAUGCAUGUGACUGUUAAUUUAAAAAGUGAAGAAAUUUUUGAGAUAUUUCAAUGUGUUUCCUUCCAUGCAUAUAUAUACAUCCAAUAUUUUGUUAUUAAUAUUCACGAUUGUGACCAUAUUGCAUUUUAUCUUCUAAGAAACUGGACGAGCAGUGUUUGGCAGGCAUAAGUUGUCCAAUGAAGUACAACUGUUGUCAACAAUCAGGUCUCUGUCCCAAGAACCAAACAUGUAAACCAAUCGACUCCCAAGAACAGCCCUGGAAACGUUUUAGCUGCGAAUGCCCAGAUGGUUACCAUGGAAACAACUGUGACGAGCCAAUCAUGUCAUGUGGCGGGUAUUUAAAUGGUCCUCGAAAAUCGGGCAUGCACAAAGUAAUGGAUUCUGAAAAGACAGUGUAUGAAGUAUACUGUCAUUUUGAAUCUGAUGUAGCUUGGACUCUGGUGCAGUCUUACAGUUUUGCAAAUGGUUCUCUUGAUCAGUUCAAGGAAUCUUUAUCCGAAGAUCGUCCUAUCAGUGAACAUGUUCUGACAUGGAGCGGCUAUAGACUUAGCAAAGCAAGAAUGGAGUCUAUCAAAAGUAGUUCAAAUUUUCUGCAGUUCACAUGUGACUAUGAGAAACACAUUGAUUUAAACCAGUCCGACUUCGUUCAACUCGAGCUUCAAAAUCUUAAAACCACAGUAGGGGGAAACAUCGUUGACGUACUUGAACUCAGUGGAUAUACAUCCUAUGUUGUUGUUCGCAAUGGGCGUGGUAAAGUUGGAGAAUAUGAUUUACGUGAUUGUCAAAUUCAGCUCGUUCAGUGGACGCAAUGGCCUUUGCAUGUCUAUAGGAUUUAUGGAUGUAUAUUCAACGUAUUGUUUUGUACUGACAAUAACUAUUACCAUCUUUUUGGCAGCUAUUAUUCUCAUUCUGCUUGUGUUCAAAAAGUACAUCGUUGUGUGCAGAAUGCUAAUUCUACGACGCAGCUAUGGUUUGGCAUGAGUAAGGCUAGCACAACACAACCACCUCCUGGAGACACAACUUCCGGCGGUUCCGUUGAAGCCUGGGAGAUGCCUGGGGGAUGA